AUGCGCACCUCACGCACUUCCCAAGACACCGCAAAGCUAAUCCAGGCCAUUUCGCCUCGAGCGACUCGGUCGCGUCAUGUCAGUUCCCUCAAGAACUUCGCCUACAAUGCCGUCCCCGACCCAGGCCCAGACCCAGACGUGACACGAAGUCUCUCUGCCGUUCGCAGCGACGACGAAUCUUCCCUCUCCGAAGCAAAUACCGCUGACAUCGAAGACCUUGUCGAACCGCCUCCUAAGCGUCGCAAGCGCGCCAGCCCAGUCCUCCGUACGAUUAAGGUCGAACCCGAUGAAAAGCCCAAACAGACUCCCAAGCCGCGCCGUCUACCAGCGCGCAAGACUCGUGACGCCGAUGGCGCCGUCAAAGUCGAGCCGCCCUCCAAUUGGGAGACUAUGUACAAUACCGUGAAGAGGAUGCGAGAAGACAACCCGACCGCACCGGUUGACACAAUGGGAUGCGCAGAGUUAUACUGGCGGGAGUCAAGGGCAGAGGACCGACGAUUCCAAACGCUCAUCGCAUUGAUGUUAUCAUCUCAGACAAAAGAUACCGUCACGGCAGUCGCCAUGCAAAGACUGCAUACAGAGCUUGGGCCGGAAAUUGACAUCAAGGCUGAGGAAGGCAUCAAAGUCGAAGAAGACGUCAAGAAGGACAGUACGCUUAAUCUGCGUAAUGUACUUGCUGUUGAACCGACGCGCCUGAACGAAUUGAUCCGCACUGUCGGAUUCCACAAUAACAAAACAAAGUACAUCAAGGCUACGGCUUUGAUUCUUCGCGACCAAUAUAAUGGUGAUAUCCCCUCGACGCCGGAAGGUCUCAUGGCUUUACCUGGUGUCGGGCCCAAGAUGGCAUAUCUGUGCUUGAGUGCGGCUUGGGGUAAACACCUCGGCAUAGGUGUUGAUGUUCAUGUUCAUCGCAUCACGAAUCUAUGGGGGUGGAACAAGACCAAGACACCCGAGGAGACGAGGCUGGCGCUGCAGUCUUGGUUGCCUCAUGAGAAGUGGCAUGAGAUUAAUAAGUUGCUUGUUGGGCUGGGUCAGACGGUUUGUCUUCCUGUUAAGAGACGCUGUGGGGACUGUUACCUUGCUGGCUCGGGAUUGUGUAAGAGUGAGGUUAAGGGGAUGGCGCCUAGUUUCCCUGUCAAGGGGAGUCCGGUGGAUGAACCGAAGAUCAAGAUCGAGGCUGUUUGA